AUGGAGGAGCACCUGCUGCAGGAGCUGGGAGAUUGGAGCAAACACAACUAUGUUACUAUCCGGGGUGCUGGAUUUGUUGUCUAUGACACAGAAUUGAAGAAUAGGACACAGAGAUUGCAAGCAAGAAGCAGGUUUAUUGCCAAAGUCUGUUACAAUUCACCACCGUUCCUCACUCCCAGCUCCUCUUCCAGCACUCCUGUGGCGGCGGCGGCAGCAGCGGUGGCGGCUCGGGGCGGGCGCCAGCCACAUCCCCUGCCCACAUCCCCCGGCAGCGGCGGCGGCUGCGCACCGUUCCUCACUCUCAAACUUCUCAUCUCCAAUCUGGAGGAAGACGGGUCUAUAGGUCUCCUGAUAGAAAGGAGCAAUACUAAUCAAUGGUCAAAUUCAUUUCAUCCUUUUGGAAUUAUACAGGAAACAGGUUUUCAACCGGAUAGACGACCAGCGGCAGCUCUCUGCUGUGACGACAUUUCCAAUCCACAUCGGCGUCGUCUGGCUCGGUUUCUUUUUUACCUAACCCUUACAUCUCUUCUCCUCUCAAUAGUUGGAUAUCUAAUUGUUAUAGAGAUGGGCCAAACUCAAAGUACCCCUUUGACUAUCAUGGUCAGCCAUUUUGAGGAGGUUCAAGCCAGAGCACGUAAUUUGUCAGUUGAAAUCAGUAAAAGAAAACUUGUAACUUUUUGCAAGUCAGAUUGGCCCACCUUCCAAGUGGGAUGGCCCCCAGAGGGAACCUUCCACCUCCCAACUAUCCAAAAGGUCAAAGAUAAAAUCUUCCAAUCAGGAAAAAUUGGCCACCCAGAUCAAAUUCCCUACAUUUUAACCUGGGAAAACUUGGUAGAUAAUAACCCUCCAACCUGGCUUUCUCCCUUCCUACCACCGCCACCCUCCCCCGCAACUAAGAUGCUUGCCCUAAAGAAGUUAGAUUCGUCAGAAAAGCCCACAGCUCCCCACCCUAUUCUCCCGGAGGAUGAUCCAGACCCCCUUCUUGUUAAUCCUCCCCCUUAUAUGCAAGCCCCUAUUCCUCCUCAGGACCCAGGACCGGAGGCUAUAGAAGAGAGAGAAGCGGCUACGUCUGAAAACGAGGAAGAAAGAACUGGCUCGGGAGGGCUGGCAAGGCGAACGCGGAGCCGAGCUCAGCGGGCAGCCGGCCCCUCCCGACCAGAAGCUCCAGAUUCCACGGUCGCUCUGCCGCUCCGAGAAACUGGGCCGCCAGACAAUGCUGGCAACCCCCGGCUUCAAUAUUGGCCCUUCUCUACAAGCGAUUUAUAUAAUUGGAAAAAUCAAAAUGCUAAAUUUUCCGACAAUCCUAAAGACUUGAUUUCCCUUUUAGAUAGUGUCAUGUUUACACAUCAGCCUACUUGGGAUGACUGUCAGCAGCUACUCCGGAUUUUGUUCACAACCGAGGAACGUGAAAGAAUCCAGAUGGAAGCCAGAAAGUUGGUCCCAGGAGACGAUGGACAACCCACUGUAAACCCUGAUUUAAUUAAUGCUUCUUUCCCCUUGUCCAGGCCUCCGCAAGAUGAAUGGAACUACAAUACGGCUGAAGGUAAGGAGAGACUCCGGGUUUAUCGCCAGACUCUAAUGGGGGGUCUCCGAGCAGCAGCUCGCAAACCCACUAAUUUGGCCAAGGGGCGACGGGGUUCGGAACCCCUCCCCGAACCUAGGGUAACUCUGAAAGUGGAGGGGACUCCAGUGCAGUUUUUGGUGGAUACAGGAGCUCAAUAUUCAGCCUUGACUGACCCUCAAGGAAAGAUAUCAACAAGCACCUCAUGGGUGCAAGGGGCUACAGGGAUUAAAAAGUGCCCUUGGACAACCAAAAGAACAGUAGACUUGGGAACGGGAAAAGUGUCUCACUCGUUCUUAGUCCUACCUGACAGCCCCUAUCCCUUGUUGGGAAGAGAUUUAUUAACCAAAAUCGGGGCUCAAAUUAAUUUUCACCCUGAAGGUGCCCAGGUAACCGAUGGGCAAGGAAAAUUGCUACCUAUGCUAACUCUUACUUUGGAGGAGGAAUAUCGGUUACACCAGCAGCCGCGGUCCCCUGAUAAAAACAUUGAAGACUGGGUAAGGCGGUUUCCAGAUGCCUGGGCAGAGACUGGGGGAAUUGGGUUGGCUAAACAUCGGCCCGCCCUCUAUAUAGAAAUAAAACCAGGAGCUAACCCCGUUAGGGUUAAACAAUACUCCAUGCCCAGGGAAGCUCAAAUAGGAAUAACCCCCCAUAUCCGGCGACUGCUGAACCAAGGAGUACUACGUCCUUGCCGAUCGGCAUGGAACACCCCCCUGCUUCCAAUACGGAAGCCUAACUCAAACGAGUACCGCCCAGUUCAGGACUUAAGAGAAGUAAACAAAAGGGUGGCAGACAUACACCCUACUGUGCCUAAUCCGUACACACUUCUGAGUGCGCUUCCCCCUUACAGACAAUGGUAUACGGUGCUGGAUUUAAAAGAUGCCUUUUUCAGCCUGCCUCUAGCUCCAAAGAGCCAAGAGCUAUUUGCCUUUGAAUGGACAGACAUUGAUGAGGGUAUAAAUGGACAACUUACCUGGACGAGAUUGCCGCAAGGAUUCAAAAAUUCUCCCACCUUGUUUGACGAAGCUCUACGUGAGGACUUGGGUGAGUUCAGGCAAAAUCAUCCCAACCUAACUUUGUUACAAUAUGUAGAUGAUCUCCUUAUAGCUGCUGAAAACUGGGAUGAAUGCAUCCAAGGGACAGAAGAUUUACUCCAGACACUGGGCACCUUGGGAUAUCGGGCGUCAGCAAAGAAAGCUCAAAUCUGCAGACCUGAGGUAACAUACUUGGGCUAUCUCCUAAGGGAAGGCAAACGAUGGUUGACACAAGCCCGCAAAGAGACUGUUCUAAGAAUCCCAAAGCCCCAGUCCCCACGUCAAGUAAGGGAAUUCCUCGGAUCGGCUGGCUUCUGUCGACUCUGGAUCCCAGGGUUUGCGGAAUUAGCCAAACCACUGUAUGAGGCCACAAAAGACAAGCAGCCUUUUAAUUGGACAAUAGAAGCAGAUACAGCAUUCCGACAAAUCAAGGAUGCCCUCUUGUCAGCCCCAGCUCUGGGGCUUCCCGAUGUCGUCAAACCAUUCUUCCUCUAUAUAGAUGAAAGUAAAGGGAUCGCAAAAGGAGUUUUGACUCAAUACCUAGGCCCCUGGAGGAGACCAAUAGCAUACUUGUCAAAAAAACUGGAUCCAGUGGCUGCGGGCUGGCCCCCAUGCCUACGUAUGAUUGCAGCCACAGCCCUAAUGGUAAAAGAUGCUGAUAAAUUGACAAUGGGACAAGAAUUACAUGUGGUCACUCCACAUGCUAUUGAGGGAAUCCUGAAACAACCUCCAGAUCGAUGGCUCAGUAAUGCUCGGCUCACACAUUAUCAGGGCUUAUUACUUAACCCUCUCAGGAUUAUUUUUCAGGCACCCUCAGCACUCAACCCUGCUACACUGCUUCCUGACCCUGACCUGGACACACCCAUACAUGACUGCUCGGAAAUCCUAGCCCAGGUUCAUGGGCUCAGAGAAGACCUGCAAGAUUAUCCGCUGCUUGAUGCAGAUGCAGUAUGGUUCACGGAUGGGAGCAGCUUUCUACAUCAGGGUCAAAGGUAUGCGGGUGCAGCAGUAGUGACUGAGACAGAGGUGAUUUGGGCUGAGCCCCUACCAAUAGGCACCUCUGCCCAGAAGGCAGAACUGAUAGCCAUGACUAAGGCCCUAAUGAUGGGAAAAGACAAAAAAUUGACUGUAUACACGGACAGUCGUUAUGCCUUUGCAACUGCCCAUAUUCAUGGGGCUAUUUACAGAGAAAGGGGAAUGCUAACUGCAGAGGGGAAAUCUAUUAAAAACAAGGAAGAAAUUGUGUCCCUGAUAGACGCCCUCUGGUUACCCAAGAAAUUGGCUAUCGUACAUUGCCCUGGGCAUCAAAAACCAUCUGAUCCAGUAUCCAGGGGCAACUGCUUAGCAGACAAGGUGGCACGUGAAAUAGCCCUCCAGAGAGACUUGAUCACGGACUUAUCAUGGAUUCGCCAGCAACCACUAGCCCAAUGCUCAGAUGGAUGGUGGAAAGACUCUGAAAACCGGAUAAUACUUCCAGAGCUGAUGGGGCAGAAAGUGUUGUGCAGGCUCCACCAGACCACCCACAUGGGGACAAGAAAAUUACAGGACUUGAUGCUGCAAGCAGGAAUUAAAAUUAAAGGUGUACAAAAUAAGAUAGAACAGAUCGUCAAAAGUUGCAGGGUUUGUAAGUUAACAAAUGCAGGAUAUAGCAAAGGGGAAUCCGGAAAUAGAUUAAGGGGGGAUAGGCCAGGGGCAUAUUGGGAAGUUGAUUUCACUGAAGUAAAACCUGGAAGGUAUGGGUAUAAAUAUCUAUUAGUUUUUGUAGAUACUUUUUCAGGAUGGGUUGAAGCAUUCCCCACCAAGCGGGAAACGGCGCAGAUAGUGGCUAAAAAGAUUUUAGAGGACCUCCUGCCAAGGUAUGGAUUUCCCGUGAUGACAGGGUCUGACAACGGGCCAGCGUUUACUUCACAGGUAAGUCAGGGGCUGGCUUCAGUACUUGGGGCAAAUUGGAAACUGCAUUGUGCUUAUCGACCCCAAAGCUCAGGACAGGUAGAGAGAAUGAACAGAACUUUAAAAGAGACCUUAACCAAAUUAACCCUGGAGACUGGCGGUAACUGGGUGGCUCUCCUUCCCUAUGCCCUAUAUCGGGUGCGUAAUUCUCCCUAUAAGAUGGGACUCACCCCUUAUGAAAUCAUGUUUGGGACCCCGCCUCCAAUACUCCCUGAUCUGACUAAGCGGCUUUUAACAGAAGAAACUGUGGAUGAUUUUGAACUUUUAUCUUCCCUCCAGGCCCUGCAGAGGGCCCACAGAGAAGUCUGGCCUAAGCUCAAAAGUCUGUACGAGUCAGGCCCGCCUCCUGUUCCUCACAACUUCCACCCGGGUGAUUGGGUCCUAGUGAAGCGACACCGACAGAGUAACUUGGAGCCGCGGUGGAAGGGCCCCUACAUGGUCAUUUUGACUACACCCACCGCCCUCAAAGUCGACGGCGUCGCCUCCUGGAUUCAUCACACCCAUGCCAAGUUGACUGAACCCCUUUCUGACAUCGUGCUUCCUGCCCUAGACGACUCUGCCUGGAGAGUGGACAGGUCUAAGGACAACCCACUGAAGAUCAAGCUUUGCCACCGCAGACUGUGA